UGGUCAUGGCAGACUGUGGGUGUCUUUGUGGUUGUAGGUCAUCACCGGAGGCCACUACGACGUGGACUGCUACGUGGAGGACCCCCUGGGGAACACCAUCUACCGGGAGACCAAGAAGCAGUAUGACAGCUUCACGCACCAGGCUGAGGUCAAGGGCGUUUAUCAGUUUUGCUUCAGUAAUGAGUUUUCCACCUUCUCUCACAAGACCGUCUACUUUGACUUUCAAGUGGGCGACGAGCCCCCCAUUCUCCCAGACAUGGGGAACAGGGUCACAGCUCUCACCCAGGUAGUGACCGGAAGUGAGCAGAGGGAGGCUUCUGGAGAUGCCGUAUCUAGAUUUGGCCUGGAUACAGGCUCACAGGGGUCAAGCCUGACCUCACACUGCAGCCGCUUCCCCAGUCCUUUCCAGAUGGAGUCCGCCUGUGUGACCAUCCACGAGGCCCUGAAGACGGUCAUUGACUCCCAGACGCAUUACCGGCUCCGCGAGGCGCAGGACCGGGCCCGGGCCGAAGACCUCAGCACCCGGGUCUCGUGCUGGUCCGUCGGCGAGGUGAUCGCCCUGCUGGUGGUCAGUUUCAGCCAGGUGCUGCUGCUGAAGGCCUUCUUCACGGAGAAGCGAACCAGCCCGCAGGCGCUGCACUCCUAGGCCUCGGCUCCUGCCCCGGGGCCCCGCCCCCAGGCCCCUGCUGGGCCCGAGGGCCACCCUGGGGUGGGGCUGAGCCCCUGGGGUGGUACCCAGCUGCUUACUCCUCGAGCCCGGCGACUGGCGAUCUGGAGGCAGCUAGCCGCAUUAUGUGGGUCACACCGAGAAAAGCGGACAGUCAGGCCCUGACUGUGGGGGGCCCGGGGUCCGGCCGCAGGGGAAGCCCAGGCGCCCCGGCCCCGUGGGGCGGCUACCUCUGCUCCACGGUGCGUGGGUCGUUGGGCUCGGGUGUGUCCCGCCCUCUGUGGAAGAGGGGGGCCGUCGGCUGGCUUGUCUCCUGAAGCUCUCUAUCUGCCGGAGACGCGCCCCGAAGCGGCUUUGCAGAGAGGUGGCGUCUUCUGCGGAGGGUGCCCGUGGUGAGCCGUGUGUCUCCCGGAGGCAGCACUCUGGUUAAUAAAAGCUAAGCAGGAGCAUCGCA